UUAUCUUGGACACAACCUGAGCGACAGUGUUAACACCUGCAAGUGCUGUAGGUAGCAGACGCACUACAAGUUGCUCUCACCAACCCAAGAAAGUUGUAUUUGCAGGAGCCAUCACUAGACUUUGUACUCUCAUCCUCCUGCUUGGUAACUCCUACAAGUAACAUAAUACCAUUAAAACCAUCAUGAAGCAUAAUUCAACCUUCCUCUUCAUCAGUGUUGUGGUGCUCUCAGUACUGGCACAUACUUGUAUAGGUGAGCCGUGUCCUGGGGAUCACAAGUGUACUGGCAUGGGUUAUAUGAUAGUAGACGAAGUAACUGGUGAAGCUGGCUUCUGCGUAGCCCCUAACACCGUCCCUCUUUGUGCAGGCGUUGAUAUAAACGGAACUAAAUUGGCUACCACGACCCCUAAUCCAGAAGAAACCACCACUACCACCACACCUACUACCACCAUCACCACACCUACUACCACCAUCACCACUCCAACUACCACCACCACCACUCCAACUACCACCACCACUACCACUCCUACUACUACCACCACCACCACUCCUACUACCACUACCACCACUCCUACUACCACCACCACCACCACUCCAACUACCACCACCACUACUACUACUACCACCACCACUCCUACUACCACCACCACCACACCUACUACCACCAUCAUCAUUCCAACUACCACCACCACUACCACGCCUAGCUGUGAGGUUGCAUCGUGUGUUAAUAAAGUAGCAGGAGUGUAUGCCUACCCUGAGUGUAAGUGUGAGAAGUACUACACUUGUAACAACCCAGCAUCAGGCUCAGGCGGCCUUAUCCUCCGUCAGUACAGUUGUACUGGUGGUCAGGUGUUCGACAUAAGCACUUUAUCUUGCGUAACUAACACACUAGUCUGUCCACAUGCUUAUGCUUGAUCCUGUGUUAUAAUUUUCCAUUUUUGUCCUCUUUUAUCAAGUAAUUUAUUACAUUAUUAGAGAAGGAUAAAUGACGCCUAUAAUAAUACUAACUGUAUCCCUUGUUAGUUUCUCAAUAUUUUAUCUUUAUUACGAGGACAAAACUGCACAUAAAAAUAUUGAAGAAUAUAAUGAAACAAAGACUUAUGUAACGUGAGCACAACAUUCCCGUGUUAAUACUUCUCUGUUAUACCAAUAAAGCCUAAGUAUCAAUU